CUGUGGCGGGACCGUGGCGGUGCCCAUCCCGGUACCGACUCUUUUCGGUCAGCCUUUCCCCAAUGGGCCGCAGUGGCACCCGGGGAUCUCAGCACACGGUGAGGAGCCUGGACCGGGCCCUGGAGGAGGCGGGGAACUCUGGCAUCCUAAGCCUCAGUGGCAGGAAACUCCGAGACUUCUCAGGCAGUGGCUACGACCUGACGGACACCACCCAAGCAGGUGAAUAAAAAUAUAAUUUAUACUAAAAGUAUAAAUCCGUGGUCCCAUCUGCCUUCGGAAACUGCAGCACCUCCUGGGCUUCCGGCUCCUGGAGAGGUACAAGAGACUCCACACUUGGACCUGGGUGAUGGCAGAGACAUGGUCUGGCCAAGAAGCUGGGGAACCAUCUGUGUCAGAUGACACCCUGCCCUUCAGUGCUGACUCAGGCAUGGGCUUCGAGAGUGACACAGAGCCUGUCACCAGUCCGUCAGAUCCCGUCACCCCUGAUGCAUGGAGUCAUGCCUUCCCUGAUGGGCCUGAACCAGGGUCUGAGGAUGGACUGAGCUCUCUGGCGGCCUCAGAAGUGUUGCUGAAACUCGGGGGCCCAGUGGAGGCCCUUGAGGAGUAUGGACAGUGGCUGCAUGCAUGUAUCCAGGCUCUGGAGAAGGAAGUGUCUGAAGACGAGCUGGUCCACGUAGAUGCAGCUGUGGAUGCCAUGGGCCGGUGGGAGAUGUUCACGGGGCAGCUCCCAGUCACCAGGCAGCACCUGCCCUGUGUCAAGGAUAAUGUGGGUCUGCGCAGGGUCCUGGGCGACAAGUUCUCUUCCCUGAGGCGGAGGUUGAGCUCUCGAAGACUUACCAAGACCAGUUCUUCCCACUGCCGCUGGGGUGCAGAGAAUUAAUGCUUCAAGAUGGACCAUCCAAUAUAGUGAAAUCGGCUCCGGGCAUUUUUUUCCUGAAGAUACCAACUGACCAUGCCUGGCCAGUGACUGAGGGUACUCUGGUAUCUUCUGGGUUAAAAGAAAUGUCCCCAGAAGCUGAAGAAAUGCUCCUUGGGUGCUUGACCACAGGGUCCUCAUGUUAUGUGGCCUGUAGCCUUGGCCAAGAGGCAGGAGGUAGCCAUAUGCUUGCUUCUUCCCUACAGGAGGAGGCUCCGGUCCACUCUGCAAUAUGGGUUAUGUGGCUAUGUGUAUGUUUGUGUCCCUCUGUCUGUGCAUGAGUGCAGCUGGCCACAGAGGCCAGGAGAGGGCGUCAGAAUCCCUGGAUGCCAUUACAGGAAAUGUGAACCCUAUGUGGGGGCUUACAGUUGAACUCAGGCUCUCUGCAAGCGCAGUACACCUUUAAUGUCUGAGCCAUCAAUCCAGCACUGUUUUUUUCAACUUUGUGUCACUCAUAUAGGGUUCUUUUCUGUGGCUAGAAUGACUUUCAGCUCAUCAAGGCUGGCACAGGCCUUUUGAAGCUCCUGGAGAAAUGUGUGCCCUGUGAGGUUGGCCAUUUCUCAGACAGAAGUUGGGUGAUUGGGUGACUAACGUGCAGGCUCAUGGGGUUGGGUGUGGAAGGCGGAGAGGCCGCUUCUCCAAUCCCAGUCUGCUGCUUGUGCUGUCACUCCAGUUAGGCCAGUGUGGCGGUGGGGGCUCGGCUCUUCUCUCUUUGAUGGCAUUUUUCCUGUCUCAGGCUAUAAACUCCUGACAGAAGAAUGGCAUUAAAAUUAUUCAUCCACAAAAAAAAGUAUAAAUCCGUAAGUGAAGCUCUGUCACUUAAGAAUGGCCAUUCCAACUGUAUGGCAGUUCACUGAGAAGGACAGGUUUUGAGACUGGGAAGUGUUUGAGUGGCUUCCUUAAAUCAGCUGUGUUUAUAAAAAAUUAAAGUUUUUAUUUGUGAGGUAA